AUGGCAGACAUCUCGGAGAAGCACGUCGACUCUCAUGUUGCCGAACAUGAGGACCAUGACCACUCGCUCGACAAGAACAAGGUUGUGGCAACCAAGGUCCUCAUCGGUGAUGAGACCUUCAACCAGGCCAUGCUCAAGGAGCCACCGAAUCCUCGCAACAUGAUUGCUAUCCAACUUUACCUCAUCUCAAUUGUUGGAUUCUGCUGCUCUACCUCCAACGGAUUCGAUUCCUCUCUCUUCGGUAACCUUCUCGCCCAGGACAAUUUUAAGAAGUUCUUCAGUGUCAGCAAUGUGGGAAUUGAAGCUGGUAUCGUCAGCUCCAUGACACAAAUUGGUGGUGUUGCAGCUCUUCCUUUCAUCGGACCCGCCAUCGAUACCUUCGGCCGUAGAGUUGGUAUGUUCAUUGGAGCUACCAUAAUCAUCAUGGGUGUCAUCAUUCAGGGAACCGUCAUUAACACCAAUAACACCGGUCAAUUCAUGGGUGGCCGAUUCUUCAUGGGCAUGGGUGUUUCCAUCAUUGCUUCAGCUGGUCCUUGCUACGUCGUUGAGAUUUCUCACCCAGCCUAUCGCGGAAUUGUCACUGGUUUCUACAACGUCUUCUGGCCCGUUGGUGCACUAGUUGCUUCCAGCGCAUGCCGAGGCUGUAUCAACCUGUCCGGCAACGCAUCUUGGAUUGUCCCCAUCUGGCUUCAAGCAAUGUUCCCAGGUGUCGUUUUCCUCGCUGCCUGGUUCCUUCCAGAAUCCCCACGUUGGCUCUACACCAACGGUAAGCAGGAGCAAGCAAAGGCAUUCCUCACCAAGUAUCACGGCAAUGGCAACCCCGACAGCGAAUGGGUUAGACUUCAAAUGUGGGAAUACGAGGCUCACUUGGAGCUCGAUGGUGCCGACAAGAGAUGGUGGGAUUACCGCGCGCUCUUCAAGAACAGAACCUCCCGAUACCGUCUUGCAUGCAACUGCUGUGUUUCUCUCUUCGGUCAAUGGGCUGGUAACGGUGUUGUCUCAUACUUCCUCAGCGGUGUCUUGGACACAGCUGGUAUCAGCGAUAAGACCAUGCAGAGCAACCUUUUCGUCGCCAUGAACACCGUCCAGUGCGUUGUCUCCUUCAUCGGCUCUAUGUUCGUCGACAAGAUUGGUCGCCGCCCCCUCUUGAUUUGGGUCAACGUUGGCUGCUCAAUUUGCUGGAUCGGAGUUACUGCCGCAUCCUCUAUUAUUGCACCAGAAGUUGCUCAGAGAAAGAAGAUUGAAGAUGCUGGUGGCGUCUGGGAUACUGCUCUCGGAAACAAGGCGGCAAGUGGAGCCACUGUUGCUAUGAUCUACAUUUUCCAGGCUGUUUACUCUUUCGGAUGGACCCCACUUCAAGCUCUCUACCCCGUCGAGGUCCUCUCCUUCGAAAUGCGUGCCAAGGGAAUGGCUUUCUCCAAUUUGUUCGUCACCUGCGGUACUCUCGUCAACCAAUUCGGAUUCCCCGUUGCUCUUGACAACAUCCAGUGGAAGACCUACAUCGUCUUCCUGGUCUGGUGUCUCAUUCAAGCUGCCAUCAUCUGGUACUUCAUUCCUGAGACCAAGAACCGCACUCUUGAGGAACUUGAUGAAAUCUUCAGCGCCAAGAACCCAAGAAAGGCAUCCACCGCCAAGAAGGCCCUCAACCUUGAUGAACACAACAACGUUGUCGGUGUUGAGGAUAUCAACAAGGGAAAUGCUUAA